UCCAGAUCGGCUGUAUCCUCAGAUUAACACUGUCUUCUGUGAGCACAGCGGAUUGUUAUUACAGAUUAUACAAGUUUCGGGUUCACCACUUUCGUUUCAUAUACACCACUGUCUUAGUCAACGUUCAGACCUAUUCAUUCACUGCAGCCCGACAGUACCAUAGAAAGGCUGUUGCAAAGUUGCAGGCACCUCAAGACAAAGAGCAAAACUCUUAGGAUACUCACAGUCUCCCACAUAGCUGAUCCAUCAAAGAUUUCGCCUAUAUAGCCUGUUGCAAUCUAUAGCCCCCGCUUCCCGUUUAGCGCAAUGUCUCGAGUGGUUUUAAACCUCGACCCCCAACUGGUCGUGGGCAACCAGAAAGACCCGUUCAUCCAGAACGAAAAUACCCUCCCCCUCAACCAGAUCAUUCCUCGCAUCAUCGCGGAACGCGGUUCGUUCCUCAACCUCACGGAGGAAUCGCUUAGUGAGGAGAUCAACAGCGAGCGUGAGGUGCUCACCAAGCAAGCCAUCCACGUGGCCAGCGACGAAUACGACGACGCCGACGACGACGAGGCUAAAACUCGCGGCGAGGAGUUCCUCAAGUCGCGCAAUGAGAUCAUCGGGUUGGUGCAAUCUGCCUUGAACGAAUCAUCGCUCUCGCUCGACUUUGUCUCGCUCAUGAUCUCGGCCGUCAAGCCCAACUUGGGGAACCUCACCAUGUCGCCACACUUGAAGCAGCACGUUCCGGCGGGCUCAUUGACGUCGCACCGCGUGUACACGGUGCCGUACGCAGGCGAGCCGCUACAACCGAAGAAACUCAUCCACACGGAGGAGGGUUCGCAGGAAAGCGACUUGGUGGUGCCUACGCGCGAUAUGAAGAUUGGCCACGGAUGGAAGCUCGAGAGUUUGGAGCGCACCGCCGGCUUGCUUCGAGAGACGAGCAUCCGGCUCAGCGAGGAGAUUCUCCGCGAGAAGCAAUAUUGGAGCAACAUCAACCACGUGUUGGCGAACUCGCACAACUCGUUGUUCAAGGUGCGCGAGGGCCGUGUCAGGGAGAUCGGGGUAAAGUAUGGCUAUCACGAGUCAGGGUCGCGGUACCAUCUCGAUAAGGGUGUGGCGAUCUUGAAGCGACUCCCGGACGGCGAGUUGGCGUUCACUCCGGUGAGCAGCCACGCAAACACGGUGAGCGAGGAGGAGGUACAUCGGUAUGUAAGGGUAAGGGUGGUGACGAAGGUGGAUGACGAGUGGUGUGUGACGGGAGAGUCAAUGUGUGGGUUCAGAACUGCCACUUCCGAAGCACACGGUAGUUCCAACGAAACCGGCAGUCCCGGGGCGAAGGUUGAAGAUAACGGCAGUUCUGGAGAGAACGUGGACACGAAUGGCAGUUUCGAUAUGGAUAUCGAAGGAAAUGGAAUCACAGAAAGCAACCUCGAUGCAACUAGACAAGGAAAUGAACCUCCCGUCGAUGGUAUCACCACCAAAAUCCAACGCGCGCAGUUCUUUCUCUUUGAAGAAGAACUCUUCUAUCAAUUGACCCGCGAGGCCAGUUCACUCCUCCCGUACCAGGUCACCCUUUCCUCGGAAAAAAUCGUCUUAGAAAACGGCACCGAUGAGCUCAUCGAGAUCGAUGCGGCACACCCCCAGGAGCGCCGCAACUUCUCUCACGCGAACGACAACCGCGCUGACUGCAUGGCCUCGUUCUUGCGCUUAAUGUUGUGCCACCAGCACCGCCGCGCGCUCCAGGCGAACCAGCGGAUGCCGUCGCCGUCCAGUGGCACCCAGCGCCUCGAGCCGUUACUCCUCCGGCCGUUGGUGGGGCAUAUCCGGCACCACGCGCACCUCGCGAAGAUGCAGGGCAUGUUGGAGGCGCUCUUUGAUGACGGUGAGCCGGUGCAGGUGACCAAGUACUUCAACCUCAAACGGCAGGACUACGCCGCAGAUCCCUUAGUUCGUGCGAUCACACCACCAAUGUCCAAGUUUAUGAAGGUGGUGGUGGAUGGGGCAGAGCGCUUAGAGAUCAAGGUUGUCAUGUCCGCCACCGCCAGCUUCUGCAACUCGUACAUCAGUGUCGCAAUUGUGAGGGUUGGCGAGGCCGGUCGGGUGAAGUUGUUGGACGUGAACUUCACGGAUGUUAGGGAGGUGGCAGACUGUUUGGGCUGGGCCUUGCACAGCUUCAGAAGUGGGUAGACAUAUUGUCUGUUUUACCAGAGUGUAAUCCAAGGAGGUGAAGAUGUGAUGGUUAAGGUUUGUAAACGGGUGGUACAAUCCAAGGACACUUUGGUACAACUGGUAUUGUUGGUGAAGGGUAGGUCAUGAACCUCAGUCGAAGAAAAUGUUUACUACUGGAUAAUCUGAGAAUAACGCAUGCCCGGAAUCCCCUACUGGCCAUCUAUUGCUGCUUAUCUGUAUACUCAAGGAGUCAUGGAUUUCAUAGGACUAAAAUUUUAAUAUAGCCUUGGACUUUGUUUGA